UCAUCAUUCCUCCGCCGUGAGCACAUGACCGCACUUCCCUCCUCAAACCUCUGCCGAGCCUGUGGGUGUCACGUCUGUAAACGAAGUCAGCUGUGUGGUUCUCUGUGGGCUCUUGGAGCAGCGGCUCCAGUCAGCGUCUCCUGCUGUUGCGACAUCAGCGCCGCGUCUUUACGCACCGUCCCCAACUCCUUCAUCCAUCAGGAAGUCGGUUCCUCACAGUUUGACAGGCGUAGGACGCAAAGAUGAGCAACACUGAGAUGAACAACGACAACUGCAUUCAGAUUUCCAAGAAGCCCAAAAUGAGUGGCGACACGGCGCAUCUGCAUGUGGACGGCAUCCCCCUGGACACGCUCAGUAAGGUGGAAAAGUACCUGGAGCCUUUCCGUCUGUGUCUGGAGAAGCUGCAGGAGGUUUCUGCUCGGCUCCGGAGAGAUCUGCUCCGAGGUCUGGCCAAGCACGCGCACCACCGGGCCUCCGUCAAGAUGCUGCCCACCUUCGUCAGGGCCACGCCGGAUGGGACAGAGAAAGGCGACUUCCUGGCAUUGGAUCUGGGUGGAACGAACUUCCGAGUGCUUCACGUUCGAGUGGUAGAGGAGGAGCAGAAGGUGUUGAAGAUGGACAGUCAGAUUUGUGCCAUCCCUCAGGAAAUGAUGCUGGGAACAGGAGAACAGCUCUUCGACCACAUCGCCGCCUGUCUCAGUGAAUUCCUCGACUCUCAGAACCUUAAGGGACAUACUCUUCCCCUUGGCUUCACCUUCUCCUUCCCCUGUCAGCAGAAAGAGAUUGACAAGAGUAUCCUGAUCCGCUGGACCAAAGGCUUCAACUGCUCUGGCGUGGAGGGAGAAGAUGUGGUGAAGUUACUCAAAGAAGCAAUCCGCAGGAGAGGGGACUAUGAUAUCAGUUCGGUUGCCAUGGUGAAUGACACAGUGGGUACGAUGAUGAGCUGCGGCUACAGGGACCAGAGCUGUGAGAUCGGCAUGAUCAUUGGGACGGGAACCAACGCCUGUUACAUGGAGGAGAUGAAGAACGUGAAGCGUGUGGAGGGCGAGGACGGCCGGAUGUGCAUCAACACUGAGUGGGGCGGUUUCGGGGACGAUGGCUCCCUCAAAGACAUCCUGACGGAAUUUGACGAAGUUGUGGAUAAGACGUCCAUCAACCCCGGCGUCCACACCUUUGAGAAGAUGAUCAGCGGCAUGUAUCUGGGGGAAAUCGUUCGGCUGUUGCUGCUGAAGCUGGUGGAGGACAAGCUGCUGUUUAAAGGACAGGCGUCCGAGGCGCUGCUUACUCCAGGAAACUUUGAGACAAAGUACAUCUCUGAAAUUGAAGAGGAGGACACCGGCCUGGGAAACGCUAAGAAGAUUCUGACCAAGUUGGGUCUGGACUGGGAUUUGGUUGAUGCCUGUGUGGUGCGCCUGGUCUGUGACACAGUUUCUUCCCGCUCUGCUCGUCUCUGCGCUGCUGCUUUGGCAACCGUUGCCAACCGUAUCCGUGUCAACCGUGGGCUGGGCCAUAUGAAGACCACCGUGGGGGUGGAUGGGACCGUCUACAGAAAGCAUCCCAAUUUCAGUGAUGAGCUGAAGGCAGCAGUGCGCCUCCUCGCCCCCAAGUGUGACAUAACCUUCCUCGUCUCCGAAGAUGGCAGCGGGAAGGGUGCUGCCAUGGUAACGGCUGUUGCACAACGGCUGGCUCUCCAGUCUCGGCUGUUAGAAGAUAGUGAUGGCGAGGACGAGGAGGAGGAAGAGGACGAGGAGGAUGACAAAUAAACAAAUGGCACUUAAGGCAGAACAAAUGAUUAUUUAACCUUGUGCCACAAGUCGGAAUCUUUUUUUAAAAAACUGCACAUUUGUUUUUAUCCAGGUAAAGCUGUUCAUUACUGUAAAAAGAACAUUUGAAUCUUACAACUCUGUUACAAUAUAGCAAAGAUGUUUUUGUUGUUUUUUACUUAAAUUAAAGAAAAUUGUGCCAAAAAUGAGAGUACUUAUAACACACUCCAUUCGGUAUAAUGAAUAUUGAUGCUUAAAUGUGUCAGAAGGAGUUUAAUUCAGAUACAGUACAUGUUGCUGUGCAGCUUGUGAAUUUCCACCAGGGGUCAAUAAAGUUUGGCUUUAACCUA